UGCCACUUGACACUUCAUCGACGUGGCUACGCGUGGCGCUCUGCGUGGCCCAAAAUACCACUUCUAUUAGAGUGAUAGAGUGACAACUCGUGGUCGUUGUAGAAGUCAACAUCUUGAAUUAAAAGUGUCACUUUCAGUGAGAAAAAUGUUCAAAUCGGUUGUGAUUUUCGCGUUGCUCUUCAUCUCGGGCUUCUGCAACACUGAGGAGGAAACGGGGCCCCGACUGCUAGUCUCCAAGCAAAUUCUCAACCGCUACUUAGUCGAAAAUAAAGACAUUGAAGUGAAAUACACUCUGUAUAAUGUUGGAACAUCGGCGGCUGUUGGGGUCCAACUAGUCGACAAUGGUUUCCACCCCGAGGCUUUCGAAGUCGUCGGGGGGCACCUCUCCGCCAAAUUCGAGCGCAUCCUCCCCCAAACCAACGUCUCGCAUGUUGUGGUAGUCAGGCCGAAACGUUACGGGUAUUUCAAUUUCACGAGUGCUGAAGUUACGUACAAAAACACUGAUUCAACUGUACAAGUUUCAUUAAGUAGUGAACCGGGCGAGGGUGGCAUUAUUGCCUUCCGCGAUUAUGAUAAAAAAUUCUCCUCACACACUUGGGAUUGGCUCGCUUUCACCCUCAUGACCACCCCUUCGUUGGCCAUUCCCUUGGCUUUGUGGUACGGCAGCAAGAGCAAAUACGAAAAACUCGUCAAACCCACAAAAAAAUCACAUUAAAUACUUGUUUUCUAACAUUUUUAUUUAUUGUUGUAUUUUUGUAAUAAAGUUUCCAGUAUGUCGCGA